AUGCCUCCUCGUCGCAAGCGCCCCGCCGCAGAGGCCACCGAUAUUAUCGAUCUCACUGGAGAUGCCAUCCAGCCCGCUCAUAAACGCCCUGCUUUAUCAUCCUCGCAAUCUGGUGUAUCAUCUGGUGCAACAAGUCGCCAGAGGACCGAGGCAAUUCCUUCGUCUUUCCAGCCGUCAACCCAAGACCCAGACUAUUUAGAUCUGACGCAAGAAGACGACACAUUUGACAGGGAGCUCUACGGUACUUUUGAUGGCAAAAUUGUGGGCGUGAGGUACUACAAUGGCUAUGCCUCUCCUGGUGAAGCUGUCUUAUGCCAGAGAGAGCCGAGAAAUCAGUACGACUCCAAUGCAAUUCGAAUAGACAACGUUCUCCAUCAGCAAAUAGGUCAUUUACCUCGCAAAAUCGUCGAGAAGCUGGCACACUAUAUUGACUCUGGAGAUAUUACUGUUGAAGGCCAAAUCAUAGGGGAGAAGUCCUAUUAUGAUUGUCCUAUUAGACUGUCGUUUUACGGUCCCAGCAACCCUGUAGAGCGUACCAGAAUCGAGAAUGCUCUAAAGGCAGAUAAAUUUGUCAAGGCUACCCAACUGAAACAAACCAGGAAAGCUGCCGAAGCUCAUAGAGUGGCGCUUGGGCUGCAUCAAACGAUUUCUACCGCCGGUUUUGGUUCAAGCCAGCAGCCAGGGGCACCUGAAGUAUCUCUGGAAGAACUCCUCAAGUCCAGCGAUGCGGUCGAAUUCCGCAAAGGGGGCGAUGCCAUCAAGACGCUGGCCAAGGGUGAAGAGGAACUGUCAAAGAUGCCGCAGGCUGAGCAACCUAAACAGCUGAAAUCUACGCUGCUGCCGUACCAACUACAGGGGUUGGCCUGGAUGCAAUCCAAAGAGGACCCGCAACUCCCACCAGUUGGAUCAGAUGCUGUCACUCAACUAUGGAAACGCGAUAGCAAGGGUCGAUACUGGAAUGUUGCGUCCGAUUUCAUCACCUCGAAAGCGCCAACGCUAUUUUCCGGCGGUAUUCUUGCUGAUGAUAUGGGCUUGGGAAAGACUCUCCAAAUCAUCAGCUUAAUUCUUGCGGGUGGCCCUGGCUCAACCCUGAUUGUUGCUCCGGUUAGCGUGAUGAGCAAUUGGGAGCAACAAAUUCGAAGACACGUUAAAGAGGAGCAUCAGCCAAAUAUCCUUGUAUAUCAUGGUGCUAGGAAAGUGGCUGGCAAAGACCUCUUGGGAUACGACGUUGUCAUCACUAGCUACGGCACGCUUGCCAAAGAGCUGGAUGAAGGUGGAAGCAAGACUCUACUGAGCCAAAAGAAGAAUUGGCGGCGAGUUGUGCUCGAUGAAGGACACACAAUAAGGAAUGUAAAGACAAAGGUGGCUCUGGCCGCAAGCGAGUUAAACGCCCAAUCUCGCUGGGUUCUGACUGGAACUCCCAUCGUCAAUUCUGUCAAAGAUCUCCAGUCCUUGGUAAAAUUCUUGCACAUCACCGGAGGCAUUGAGCAGCCCGAGAUAUUCAACACAACAAUCACUCGAAAGUUAAUGUCGGGUGAGCGCAGUGCAGAAGCAAUUCUGCAAUCGUUGAUGCAAGAUAUCUGCCUUAGGCGAAAGAAAGACAUGAAAUUUGUUGAUCUCAAGCUCCCCAAGAAGACUGAAUAUCUACACCGAAUCACAUUUCUCCCAGAAGAGAAGUCUAAAUACGAUGCUCUACUAUCUGAAGCCAAAGGUGUUUUGGAAGAAUACCAGGCUAAAUCACAAAAUGGUCAAAAGGGCCGUUUCCAAAACGUCUUGGAGCGUCUUUUGCGACUCCGGCAGUCCUGUAAUCACUGGACUCUCUGCAAAGCGCGGAUUGAUGAUUUGAUGCAAUUGCUCAAAGAUCAAGACGUCGUACCUUUGACUGAGAAAAAUCGAGCAUUGCUUCAACAAGCGCUUCGGUUGUAUAUUGAUAGCCAAGAGGAUUGUGCAAUCUGUUACGAUACACCUACUAACCCAGUGAUUACAAAUUGCCAGCACGUUUUCUGUCGGCACUGCAUUACUAAAGCAGUCCAGCUGCAAGGAAAAUGCCCAAUGUGUCGCAACCCGCUGACCGAGGACAAUUUCCUAGAGCCAGCUCCCGAAGGUACUUUCGAUAUAAAUCUUGAUACAGACACGCAGAGUUCAAAGACAGAGGCGAUGCUACAAAUCGUGCGGGCGACAUUGAAGAAUGAAGGAUCCAAGAUUGUCAUCUUUUCCCAGUGGACAUCAUUCCUCGACAUUGUGCAGAAGCAGCUCGAAAACGCAGGAUUGACGUACUGUAGAAUCGAUGGAAACAUGAGUGCAGAGAAGCGCGAUAAGGCAAUCGAUGCCCUCGACAACGAUUCUGAGACUCGAAUUAUGCUCGCCAGUCUGGCAGUCUGCAGUGUGGGACUCAACCUUGUUUCUGCGGACACAGUGAUCUUGUCUGAUAGCUGGUGGGCUCCAGCGAUUGAAGACCAAGCGGUUGAUCGAGUGCAUCGCCUUGGCCAAACACGCGAGACGAAGAUAUGGCGUCUCAUUAUGGAAGGGACCGUUGAAGAACGAGUGCUGGAUGUUCAACAAGAGAAGCGUGAUCUUGUCAACAAGGCAUUCCAAGAGAAGGGUUCCACGAAGAAAUCCAAAGACACUAGAAUGGGAGACGUACUGAAGCUACUUUCUUGA